CAUUCGCGGACUCAUCGCAGGUGAUGACAGGAGGAAAAUCCAGUCCUGACUAAAAAUAUAUAUAUAUAUAUAUAUAUAUAUUUUUUAACGAUUUGGUUCCGAAUCAAUGUAGGAUGGAGACGCGUCUCGGUUACUGGCCUUUUAUCAUUCCCUCUGAGUGGAUUUGGCUCUUCAUCCUAACUUCGAUUCUGGGUGGAAGAACAGAAGCGGAGGUAAGGUGCAUUCCUUCAUGCCAGCUGCCGCCCGUCGCGGCGCUACCGCGGGACACGUCGGAGCUGGAUUUGACACCUUUUGGCGCGGCAUCAGGAGAGGAAUUAGUUGGGUUUGGUGCGGAGUCACCCGGUGCAGACGCUGCGGAAUUAACAGAGAUCGAAGAAAGUUCACUGAAAGUACAACCACUGGGGUUAGGAGAGAAUAAAACAAGUGGUCCGCACAGGGACGCAUUGGGCGGUCACGCAUCUCCUCCCCAAAAUGCUUUACGCGCGCCUGUCCCUGCUCCCGGUAACGUUACCGAGGACUACACUGGUGAGGACAGAAACAACACAUUUCAUUUUAAACGCUGGGAUGUGGCUGGAACGCAAGACGGGGAUGUGCCAAGUUGGAGACGAAGUGCCCGGAGCGCAGAUACUUGGUCCGAAUUCAGAAGCGAGGACCCAGACGAUGCUUCUGAUUUGGGCCAGGAGGAGUUCCAGCUGACGAGUUCGACAUUUGCACUGACCGGGGACACUGCUCACAACCAGGCGAUGGUGCACUGGUCCGGACAAAACAGCAGCGUCAUUCUCAUGCUGACAAAAUACAGCGACUUCAGCUCUGGAAGAGUGACAGAGAGCUCUCUGUGGAGGUCAACUGAUUAUGGGACUACAUAUGAAAAACUUAAUGAGAAAGUCGGAACAAAAAGCAUACUGAGCUACUUGUAUGUGAGUCCAAACAACAAAAGGAAGAUCAUGCUACUGACUGACCCAGAGGUAGAGAGCAGCCUGCUCAUUAGCCUUGAUGAAGGGGCGUCCUAUCAGAAACACAACUUAGCAUUUGAUAUCCUCAGCCUGCUUUUUCAUCCUGAGCAGGAGGACUGGAUCCUGGCUUACAGCCAUGACCAAAAGCUUUAUGUAUCAGUUGAGUUUGGGAGGAAAUGGCAGCUUGUGCAGGACAACGUCAUCCCCAACAGAUUCUACUGGUCCAGACUCGGUUUGGACAAAGAACAAGGGAUGAUUCACCUGGAAAUCAGCAUCUCGGAUAAACGGUCACAGUACAUAACUUGCAAACUUCAAAACUGCUCCGACGGAAACAAGGGCAAGCCUUUCCCCGGAUUUAUAAUCCCCAACUCCCUGGUGGUCCAGGACGAGUACGUUUUUAUCCAGGUGUCAGUGGGUGGACAGUCUGCUCACUAUGUGUCCUAUAAAAGAAGCGCUUUCUACCCGAUGAAACUUCCCAAAUACACUCUUCCCAAGGACUUGCAGAUAAUCAGCACAGAUGAUAACCAGGUGGUGGCAGCGAUUCAGGACUGGCACCAGAACGAUUCGUACAACCUGUACACGUCUGAGCACAGAGGACUGUUCUUCACGCUCAUGCUGGAGGAUGUUGUGAGCAGCGGAGGGCCGGAGGACAACAUCAUGAUAGAGCUGUACGAGGUUGCCGGGAUUAAAGGAGUGUUCCUGUCAAAUAAAGUUGUUGAGAACCAAGUGAAAACUUAUAUCACGUACAACAAGGGCAGAGACUGGCGUCUUCUUCAGGCUCCAACAACCGAUCUCCAGGGAAACGAGGUCUAUUGUGAACAACCGUUCUGUUCGCUGCAUCUGCACCUUCAUGUUUCGGAGAAUCCUUACGCCUCGGGAAACAUCAUCAGCAAAGACACGGCUCCGGGAAUUAUUGUAGCAUCAGGUGUGGUUGGAUCUGAGCUGACCAGUUCCAACGUUAGCAUCUUCAUCACAUCUGAUGCUGGAAACACAUGGAGAGAGAUUUUUCAGGAGGAGUACAGCGUGUUUUUCCUGAAUCAAGGAGGAUCUCUGGUGGCCAUCCGGCACACACCUCUGCCAAUUAGACACAUUUGGCUGAGUUUUGAUGAGGGCAGAAACUGGGACAAGUAUAGCUUCACCUCCUCUCCACUCUAUGUUGACGGGGUGCUGGGGGAGCCUGGAGAGGACAUCCUCAUAAUGACAAUAUUUGGACAUUUUAGUCAUCGAUCUGAGUGGCAACUUGUCAAGAUUGACUUCCGGUCAAUUUUCCAACUCCAGUGCACAUCUGAGGACUAUGUCACCUGGCAGUUACACAAUGAGGGUGAAGUGUGCAUCAUGGGAAUGAAGCGAAUCUUCCAAAAACUGAGAGCAAACGCUCGAUGUGUCAAGGCUCGGGAUCAGUAUAUUUCUCAGAUGUCAGACUCCUGCCCGUGCACAGAGGCUGAUUUUGAGUGUGACUAUGGGUUUGAGAGGCAAAUUGAUGGGAGCUGCACACCAGCUUUUUGGUUCACGCCAUCAGCAACAUCUCGAGACUGCCUAACGGGGGACAGCUUCCUCAACACAACGGGAUAUCACAAGGCUUUGUCUAACAACUGCUCUGAGGGAAGUCUGCUGAAGUACAGCCCCAGGCAACAAAACUGUCCCAGCCAGGCUCCCAGGGGUCUUCAGCUCUUCACCAGCGAGGGAACACUUGUAGCAACAGUGGGGAAGAAUGUCACUUUCUUGGUCUUUCUGGAAGAGGGUCUUGGCUCCAUGACUAGUGUAACAGUGGACUUCGGCGAUGGAACGGCUAUAUCAUAUGGUAAUGUUAGCUCCAUUGAUGACGGGGUGAAGCAUAUCUACAGUAAAGUUGGAAUCUAUCAAGUCUCAGCCAUGGCUACCAACAGUCUUGGCUUUGACAGGGUCGUCCUCUACCUCCAUGUGUCCUGUCAACUGGAGCAGGUACAACUUUCAGCUCCUCUGGUGGUUGUCAAGAACAAAGCAGUAAAUUUCACAACUAUGUUGCAUCCCAGUAAUGUGGGAACAGUCUCUUAUUUCUGGUGGUUUGAUAAUAAAACUGACCCUGUUGUGACCCUUGAUGGAGUGAUCACCUUCGCAUUCUCCAAAGAGGGAAAUCACACUGUCACUGUUCAGGCGUCCGCUGGUAAUACAGUCCAUCAGGACCAAAUCACCUUAGCAGUUUAUGAUUAUUUCCGGUCGCAUGCUUUGGCCUUUUCAUCUAAUCUGGACGAGCUGAACCCCAGGGUGUCUGAGUGGAGAGAAGACAUCAGCCGAGUUGUGAAGAGCUGCAUAGUUCAGGUCACAGGCAUCAGUGAGGAUCAGCUCCUGGUCACAGUGCUUCCAGGUGUCCCAACGACAGCGGAGGUUUUUAUCGUACCCGAGAGGAGGUCAAGAGACAGAGCCAUGGAUGAAAAGUGGGCGCACCUAGAUCAGCUGUCUCAGGUGCUGCUAAGUGCUCUGAACCAGGAUCUUGUCCAGUUCACACUAAAACCAGGCGUACAGGUGAAUGUGUACGCCACACGGCUGUCUCCAGCUCCUCUCUUGGACGGCAGUGACAGCAGCUACAGCAGCACAGCGGUCAUCAUGCUUGUGUCAGCGGCACUGAUGGGACUGGCCAUCUUUGUGAUAUAUAAAUUUAAAAGGAAGAUCCCAGGCAUCAACACAUACAUGGCAGAACAGACUGAUAAAGAACAAGAGGUCAUCCCCACGGUGACCUCCAUAGCCGUCCCAAACCCUGAGGGGGACGAGCUGACCUCGCUGGAUCAUGUGGAUGCCCAGCUGAACUCAAAAGACAGAGGCUACCUGCCAUCUCACACAGACAUCAACCUCUCGGAUGAAGCGCCCUGUGUGUUUUAAUGUUGGGAGUCUAUGACUGACUCGAAAGCAAUACAUCUUCUCUGGCAGUUACUUCCAGCAAGCUAGGAAACUGCGGUCACAAUGAAUGGUCUCGAGUCUUUUUGCUGCCCAUGCAUGGAUGGACCAGUUCACACUGCGCUGCCUAAAUCCCUCAGAGGAGACUGCACAGAUUUAUACUUGCCUCUUGAAAAGGAACACUUUUUGACUGAAAUACUUGUAUUUUUGCAAGGACAUUGAUCUUUUUAUGUAAAUAAUGUACAUCCAUAAUGGAAGAAGUGAACGUUAUUUGUCUCAGCUGGUUACAGCUGCAUCUGCCCAAAUGUGAAACCGUCAAAUGGCGAAACGACAGAGAUGCGUAAUGAAACUUCCGAUUUUUCUUCCUAUUUCUGUUUAUAGACUUGUGUUUUGAGAAGUUUACUUUUUUUUGCAAGUACAUGAGCGAGCUUAUCUGGGUAAAGACGGUGAAGGAACCGGGUUCAUUAAGCUCUUUGUAAUCAGUAAAUCUUAUCACCAGAUUCUCAUCCAAUGGAAGCUCGCAAUAUCCAGGAGAUGAUGGAGGGCUCCCAGCCUCAGAUCUGUGUAUUCCAUCAAGCCUGUCCCUCUGCAGCUCACAGUGUUAUAUAUAUGUCAUAACAGCGGGAAAAAAAGAACAGAAGAUUAUAGGAGAUAGGUAUACACAGAAGAUGCAAAUCUGAGCAGUCCCUCUUGUUUAGGAGACACAAAUAAGUCAUUUUAGUACCAGCGAACCAUCACUUAUCCACGCAGAGCUAAAAUAUUCUAAUGAUGCUAUGUGUUUUUGCAGCAGCAAUGCUUUCAUUUAGUGCGGCCAUUUUGACUCUAAACUUAUUCAUCUGUAGCUGGGUGAAUUUCUUGUUCACCUUUUAACAACAACAUGUAAAUUUACUAGAUACUCCCUGUGCAGACAAGUUUACAAACAACUUAAUUUGUAAUGCAGCAAAAAAAAAAAGAAUUGACAAAGUUGUAAAUGUGCAUUUUAAUUAGUCACCAGAUCAAAGUGUGUUUUCUUUAAAACCACAAAGUUACAAACUCCUUGGCAGACUUACAGAAUGCUUCUUGUCGUUCCUUUGAACUGAUAUUUACUGCGAAGGUUGAGGUAUCAUUUAUAUUCUGUAUUUUUUUACUCUUAUUUUGCUGUGCUAAUAGCCUUUUUACCCUUCAGCGUGAUAUCAGCACCUAUAAACACUGUUUCCCAGGUUUCCGGCGAUGCAGAGGAGCCUGCAGCCUGUUCCUGGUUUGCCCCCAAGGACUCGGCGAACAAAAGGCUGCAGAUUUGUUCGUCUCCUCUGCUACGAGGGACACGGAGAUAGAGAAGACGUAUCUCCUGUCAACAUGGCUCAGCCUACGCGCGCAGCUUCGGUCAGCUGCUGUCUCUUUGGGAUAUGUACUGAAGUUCUUCUUCAUCAAACUUUUCUUUUUAAGUGUUGUCAGCAUCAUAUGUCAGCAAGACAAAUUGACCAGAGGCUUCUCGAUGCUUCUUCCUCGCAAUCCUCUGAUUGAGCCCGAAGCAUAAAUAAACUUAGACGAACUCCACACACGCUUGUCAGAAGAUCUCUUUUUACUCCCUCCCGUGCUUGCAAUUUAUUUUAGUAAAUUUCAUUUGAGUCUCGAAUAUUGAUCUGUGAAUACAGUUGUGAACCUAUUUGCAUGACGUUUUUUGUUUCCUCUUUCAAGCUACUUAAACUAUGUCUCAUUUAGAAAGAAGAAAAGAUUAGAAAAAAUUGUGAAUUACGGUAUUUUCUGUUUUCUCAGAGGCUGUGCACAAGCCGUUCAUUGUGAGGUGAUCAUUGAAUGGGUUGUUAAAAUGUUUUUAUUUGAUCUUGCAGAAGCAAACUGAAUAAAGCAGAGACACAACAGAAAGGCAA